CCACAGAGAUGAAGAAAUCAUCAGUGCGAUUCCCCAGUUGCUCGGCAGGGCAAGGAUUUGUGCCUGGCCUUCCAGGUGCUUUUGGAGUAAGAAAAUGCUGAGGUUGACCUCUGAGUUCCUCCAGGUGACAGAGAAGAUGCACCAUGAACAGGUCCAGUGAGACCUCCCCUGCGAUGGGGUUCAUCCUCCUGGGCCUCUCUGCCCACCCAGAGCUGGCGAAGACAUUCUUCGUGCUCAUCCUGCUGAUGUACCUGGUGAUCCUGCUGGGCAACGGGGUCCUCAUCCUGGUGACUGUCCUUGACUCCCGCCUGCACACGCCCAUGUACUUCUUCCUGGGGAACCUCUCCUUCCUGGACAUCUGCUACACGACCUCCUCAGUCCCCCUCAUCCUUGACAGCUUCUUGACCCCCAGAAAAACCAUCUCCUUCUCAGCCUGUGCAGUGCAGAUGUUCCUCUCCUUUGCCAUGGGGGCCACAGAGUGUGUGCUCCUGAGCAUGAUGGCGUUUGAUCGCUACGUGGCCAUCUGCAACCCCCUUAGGUACCCUGUGGUCAUGAGCAAGGCUGCCUACGUGCCCAUGGCUGCCAGCUCCUGGGCAGCUGGUAUCACCAACUCUGUGGUACAGACAUCCCUAGCAAUGCGACUGCCCUUCUGUGGGGACAGUGUCAUCAAUCACUUCACCUGUGAGAUCCUGGCAGUUCUAAAGUUGGCCUGUGCUGACAUCUCCGUCAACGUGAUCAGCAUGGUUGUGGCCAACAUGAUCUUCCUUGCACUCCCAGUCCUGUUUAUUUUUGUCUCCUAUGUCUUCAUCAUUGCUACCAUCCUGAGGAUGCCCUCAGCGGAGGGGAGGAGAAAGGCCUUCUCUACCUGCUCUGCCCACCUCACAGUCGUGGUUAUCUUCUAUGGGACCAUCCUCUUCAUGUAUGGGAAGCCCAAGUCUAAGGACCCGCUGGGGACAGACAAGCAGGACGUUGCAGACAGACUCAUCUCCCUCUUCUAUGGGGUGGUGACCCCCAUGCUCAACCCGAUCAUCUACAGCCUGAGGAACAAGGACGUGAAGGCUGCUGUGAGGAACCUGGUAGCUCAAAAACACCUACCAGAGUGACUGUCACAGAUUCCCAGACUGCUCAAAUGCAUACCCUCCAAAUGCCUCAUUGUUCUCUUGGGGAAAUGGUAACCAGGACAGAAGAGAAGCUGCUCAAGAGGAAUCAAGACAUCCAGCCCUGGGUCAGAGAGGAAUCUGACUUUGAAGAUGUGUGGCCCAGAAAGAGUCCCUACAGAUCCUGACCUGUGUGUGGAAGAUGUCAAGGAGAUAGGGUCUCGCUGUGCUGCCCAAGCUGGUUUUGAACUCCUGAGCUCAAGCAAUCCACCUGCCUCAGCCUCCCAAAGUGCCAGGAUUAUAGAGAUCGGCUAUGAGACCUAGAGAACAUCAGGACGGCUUGUGAUUUCUCUCCCGAGACAGCAAUCUCUCCCUUCUCCUAUCUCUAGAAAGGGACCUGCUCCGGCUGCAAGAGAAGCUUCUCCUUCUUGGAGAUCUGCGAC